AAGUUAGGUUAGGUGAGGUGCGACUUGGUAGUGUGUGUGUGUGUGUACCUCCAUAGACCUCUGGUUAGAGAGUCAACUAACGCUCCAUGACCAUGAGCCUAAUUCCAAGCCACAAUCGACGACACAAUCCUAUAUAGAAUCGCAUGUAGUCACACUGUCACAGGCAAUGUGAGCCCAGCCGCUCCUGUAUAUAAAGCAGUCUCCGGUUGCUGUGCCAGAGAGAGAGAGAGAGAGAGAGAGACAGAGAGAGAGAGAGACUCCCUGCCCUCCGGCGGCUGCACUACUUCAUCUGCAUUGGUCUGAAUCAUGGAGAUCGAGUCGGCCAAGUGCGAGUGCUGCGGCCUCCGGGAGGACUGCACCCGGGAGUACAUCGCCGCCGUGAAGGCGGACUUCGGGGGGCGGUGGCUCUGCGGGCUGUGCUCGGAGGCGGUGCGGGACGAGGUGGCCGCCAAGAAGCGGGGUGACCUGGAGAGCGCCGUCAGGGACCACAUGUCCUUCUGCGCCAAGUUCGGCAAGAAGGGCCCGGCCUUCCGCGUCGCCGACGGCAUGCGCCAGAUGCUGCGCAGGCGCUCCAGCGACAUCUCGGCCACCUCCUCCGCCGCCUCAUGAUUGCUCUACCCCUACCCCCUGAUCGAGGGGCGGAGGAAGAAGAAGGGUUGCAUGCCCUGGCGGCUGUGAAGAAGAAGAGGAAAGCAGCCACUGAUCAAGCUAGCGGUGAUCCUUGACAAUGGCAGGUUCUAGGAUCGGUUGGUAGUUUAAUGAAUCUUGUCACUGUACUAGCUAGUUGCAAGUCAGUGUCAUUGGCUUGGUUGUCCUCUAUCUCCAUUAGAGGGGUGCCAAGCUAAGCCUUCUUAGGCCUAGAAGAAGGCGGCGCUAGCUUCUUGAACGUUCUGAGUUUUGGUACAAGGAGAGGUUGUACAACUCGAACCGCAAUCACAAUGUACCAUUAAUCGCUUCAUAUCUCGAAUUGAAUUUAUUUUUUUCUGCAUCUUUCUUUA